AUGAUCCCCCAACUUCUCUUGCGAAACCCUCAAGCGCUCGUGACGAUCAUUGUACCUAUUGCACAUUCCAUUCCCGCCCAGCACGAGCUGGGCAAGAAUGGGAUGGAAGGUGAUAAGAGAAUCAUAAUCAUCCAUUAUGGUGAAGAAGACGAGGUACGAAAGCAAUUCGCCGUAACGGGUAUGGAGGAAUUGUCAAAAUUUAUGGAGAUGUUACAAGAUGCGGUGAUCAAUCUUUAUCCCAAGAAACUCAAGUGUCAACCCAUCUACGACCCGCUGCUCAAGAGGGACAUCACCUUACACCCCAUCCCUCCCACUUUGGCUUUCCUCGAUAUCAGCGUAGCAUGCACAAGAGGUGUAGUGGUAUGUCACGAAUACAAUCAGGAGCUGGGAUACAAGACCAAACUCGUCAUUCUGUUUCCAUUGGGAUCGGAACAUGUCAGCUGGUUUGUUCAUUUGGUAUGCCUCGAGGGGCUGUUGACUUACAAAGAGCGUAUGAACAAGAUCCUGAAUGCAGCCCCAGAAGAUAGGGAUAGGAUAUAUGAUGAGAGGUUAGGCGAGAACAAAGAUUAUAUCGAACUUCCUGGAUAUCCACCUUUCUACGUAUGGGAAGGUCAACUUACUCAACCCGACGACUUCAUCCAAAUCCUUCAUCCGGUUUACGGAUCUCUCUUAUAUAUCGAAGCUAUGGUUCAUGCCCGGCCUAGAUAUCUAGGUAAAGUAUACCAAGAAGAGAUGAGGAAGGAGGGCCAUAAGGUACUGUUCAUUGGACCGCUCCUUCCUAAACAACUAGAUGACGGAUCCCAAUUUCCCGACGACGGAGGUGUAAAGAGAUUCCUGGAUAGAGUUCUGACAGAGAAAGGAAAAAAUAGCGUGGUGUAUAUCAGUUUUAAUACACUCAUGUUCCCUCCUAAGCCACAUCAACUUUCCAUCCUCCUCGACGUACUCAUCGGUCUUGAUAUCCGAUUCAUCCUGGCCCAAGGUGUUGCUUCAGUUGAAUUACAACUCCUAGCGAAGCAGAAGAUCUUGACCAAAGACUAUGAUGAUAAAGCAAUGUUAAUUCCUUGGGCAAACCAAUUUGCUGUCCUAUCCCACGAAGCUACAGGUUGGUUUCUUAAUCAUGGUGGGAGUAAUAGUACGAUGAAAGGUUUGAAAACUGAAGCACCAAUAGUAUUCUGGCCAGAUGAUGUCCACCAAUUGGACAGUGAAGAGUUCGGUCUGAACAUUAGGAAGGAUAUCCAAAGAGUAGGGAACGAAGUGGACGAUGAUGAGAUUACAAGAGAAGGCUGGAAAGAGUUGAUCAAGAUGUGA